GUAGCAAGAGUGCAUAAACACUGUUUAUGGACUCUUGGUUGUAGUUUUGUUUUGUUUGAUUUGUCGAAGAGACAUACGUGUAGCCUGCAGUAAGUCUUGUACAUGUAGUAAGUGAAGAGGGUGACCUCUAUUUCGUCAUUUCUAAGAAGGAUAUACGACUAAGCUAGUCAUGUCGAGUUCCGCAAGUGCAAAGCCACCGAAAAUUAAUGAUGGAGAUUGGAUCUGCACAUCAAAGGGAUGUGGCAAUGUCAAUUAUGCUCGUCGUUCGGAGUGUAAUCGGUGUAAAACUCCUAAAAGUGAAGGCGAUGUGGUGAAGUCUCAAGGCACGCAAAUUGGAAAGCAAUGGGCCAAUAAGAGCAAGGGCCUGUUCAGUGCUGAUGAUUGGCAAUGCGGCAAAUGCGGUAACGUAAACUGGGCAAGGCGUGGCGAUUGCAAUGUCUGCUCAGCGCCAAAGUUCACCAAGGUGGAGAACAGAACAGGUGCCGGUGGUGGAUUCAAUGAAAGACUAGGCGUCGAGUACAAAGGCCGGGAAGAAGUGGAGCAGGACGACACAGAGUAUGAUGAUUUUGGCAGGCUGAGAAAAAGCAAAAGGGGGAGGUCGCGAGAUAGCACUGAAAUGCUUGCAGGGUCGCGUGACAGCAGAUCAAGUGAGAGGGAAAGAGAGAGAGAGUACGCAGCAAAGAAUGAGGAGGAGGAGAAGGAGGAAGAAGAUGGCGACGACGACGACGAUGAUGAUGAUCUAUCCAAGUACGAUUUUGAUGACGAAGAGGUGAUUGAUUUGUCUGCAGCGAUAAAGCGACGCCAGGAUGAUCCCGAUGAUGACAGGUCUCAUAAAGAACGACAACGGUCAAGGUCUCGAUCUCGCUCACCGCUUGGCAGGAGAUGAUACGCGCUUGCUUUUGCUGAACAGCCCAUGGGUCCUGGUAGUAGGUUUCUUCUGAAUGGCAACACUCCUAUAGUGUUGUUGUUCAUGUUGUUUUGAACUGGCUACACUGUAAGAGGUGUCAUGUCCCGUUCAACUGGUGUUUUGACUCUGUUGGAACGUGUUUUUAUACUAGUGAUUACUGUAACUAGUAAUUUGAUGAGAACUUGAUGUUUUCUGUAGAUGCCUGAUCUCCUUUCACUCUCCCUGGUGUACUUUAGUGCACUAUUGCUUGCCAUGUUGCGCUUGUUGCCUUGUACACAUUACUUAUAGCAGGCAUUGUCUGUGAACAUUGUCCAUAAUUGAGCUGUCCGAGAUUGCUGCCUUGUAGUACCAUGUUUCUCGUCCCUAUGCUGAAUAAUAAGGGGGAAAGCUGCACCUUGCCUUUCUUUGCUGUUGCUGCUGCUGCUGUGCGGUUGUUUUGCUCGUUGCUUUACUUUCUCGAAUACUUUUUUUUUAUCUCUGCUAAGUGCUUGCUGUGAACAUCUGCGUAGUAUUGUCUUCCGGACCGUCUCGCUGCCUCAUCCAUUUCAAUGGCAUUGCAGUCUUCAUGCUUUAGUUGACUUGUUGGCAGGGAGGUCUUGCAUACUUACCUUAAUUAUUAACAAUCCUGUAGAUCUGCAUAUACAUGAAACACGUGCAUGCCAAUACAAUAAUGUCGGUGAUGA